AAACAAAAACAAACCGCCCCCUCCCAGUCCCCCUCGCCCGCCGCCCCCGCCGAGUCCCGGACAUGGCGGCGCCGGGAGGGGGCUUCGCCAGCUGCGGGUGCUGAUCCGGCUGUCGCGUCCCCCUGUCCGCCCGUCCCUCCCUCCCCGCCCAUGGGCGAGACAUGGACUACGAGUUCAAGUCGAAGCUGGCGGCCGAGCGCGAGCGGGUGGAGGACCUGUUCGAGUACGAGGGAUGCAAGGUGGGCAGAGGCACCUACGGGCACGUCUACAAGGCCCGCCGCAAGGACGGAAAAGAUGAAAAGGAGUAUGCACUGAAGCAAAUUGAAGGUACAGGGAUAUCCAUGUCGGCCUGUAGAGAGAUUGCACUUUUACGGGAGUUGAAGCACCCCAAUGUGAUUGCAUUGCAGAAGGUUUUCCUUUCUCACAGUGACAGAAAGGUUUGGCUGCUGUUUGAUUAUGCUGAGCAUGAUUUGUGGCAUAUUAUCAAGUUUCACCGUGCCUCAAAAGCAAAUAAAAAGCCCAUGCAGUUGCCAAGAUCUAUGGUUAAAUCCCUACUCUACCAGAUCCUCGAUGGAAUCCAUUACCUCCAUGCAAACUGGGUGCUUCACAGAGAUCUGAAACCAGCAAACAUUCUGGUAAUGGGUGAAGGUCCUGAAAGAGGAAGAGUCAAAAUAGCUGAUAUGGGUUUUGCAAGAUUAUUUAACUCUCCUUUGAAGCCAUUGGCAGACUUGGAUCCAGUUGUGGUGACAUUCUGGUACAGAGCUCCAGAGCUGUUACUUGGGGCCAGACAUUACACAAAGGCCAUUGAUAUUUGGGCAAUCGGCUGCAUAUUUGCUGAACUAUUGACUUCAGAACCUAUAUUUCACUGUCGCCAGGAGGACAUCAAAACAAGUAAUCCUUUUCAUCACGAUCAGCUAGACCGCAUUUUCAGUGUAAUGGGAUUCCCUGCAGAUAAAGACUGGGAAGACAUAAGGAAGAUGCCAGAAUAUCCAACUCUUCAGAAAGAUUUUAGAAGAACAACAUAUGCCAAUAGUAGCCUCAUAAAAUACAUGGAGAAACACAAAGUCAAGCCUGACAGCAAAGUUUUUCUUUUGCUUCAGAAGCUUCUUACUAUGGACCCUACAAAGAGAAUUACCUCAGAGCAGGCUUUGCAGGACCCCUACUUUCAAGAGGAUCCUCUGCCUACAUCAGAUGUGUUUGCUGGCUGUCAGAUUCCAUAUCCGAAAAGAGAAUUCCUCAAUGAAGAUGAACCUGAAGAGAAAGGGGAUAAGAAUCAGCAGCAGCAGAACCAGCAUCAGCAGCAAGCAGCACCGCAGCAGCAGGCGCAGGCUGCGCCGCAGCAGGCGCAGCAGCAGCAGCAGCAGAGCAGCAGCCAGACCAACGGGACUGCGGCGGGCGCCGCUGCGGCCGGAGGGGCCGCGGCCGCGGGGCUGCAGCACAGCCAGGACUCCAGCCUCAACCAGGUGCCUCCCAACAAGAAACCACGCAUAGGGCCUUCAGGCGCUAACUCAGGCGGGCCUGUCAUGCCUUCAGAUUAUCAGCACUCCAGCUCGCGCCUGAGUUACCAAAGCAACAUUCAGGGAUCUUCUCAGUCCCAGAGUACAAUGGGCUAUUCCACUUCGUCUCAGCAGAGCUCUCAGUAUCACCAAUCUCAUCAGUCUCACAGGUACUGAGGGGCCUGACAGGCUGCACUCAGAAAGGAAUGGACUAGAAGCCAGAAGACUCCAGCAAUAUGAAGUUCAUAAUGAUGAGAAGACCAAAAAUACAAACUAUGAUGCAGAAUUAAAAUUCAUGAUGAUAAAAGGAAAGCUUCACUCACUGAAGACUUCCCCCAUCCCUGCUCCAUCCCCAUCCCUUUAUUGCCAUAAAGGAGAUUCUUGUGAAGUUUUCCUUCUUCCCUGCCCUUGCAUGUGCUCCAUUGUGGUUACUCUAAUGAACCCUUCUGAUCUGAACCCAGCACUUAACUUCUUUAACCUUUGGAAUUUUGAAGGAUUCCUGGUGCACCUUCCUUAUGCUGUAGUGAUUGCCAUAAAUCUGUCUUUUCAAUCUCUUUGAUGGGAUUUUAAAGUUUUAAAAUCUUGAACUCCCAGGCUUUCAAGCUUGUAUAUAGUUAGUUUUAUACUAGGCAAACCAGUUUAGCUAUACAGGUAUAUUGCACCUUUUUAAAGCACUAUGUUAUUUUCACAGGAUAUUACUGUUUUGCUCAUGGAUGUCAAGAACAGCAAAAUUUUACUGUUCCAGAGUAUUUUACUAUUCUGUUUUUAUUAGUCUAGUUUUCAGGCAGAGUAUUAAAAAUAAAAAAAUUAAAAAUUAAUAAAAUGAAAAAAGAAAAAUUAAAAAAGAAAAAAACCACCCAAGUCUCUGCAGUGACAGAUAUGCUUCAUGCUACUGGACUGAAUGCCAAACAGAAGAUUGCUGAUAUUUCUUAACUCAUUCACAUUGAAUUCUUGAAAUCACAGUGAUCAUGCUCUGACUAAAUCAUGCUCUAGUUUUAAAUUAAGCAUUACUUUAAAUGAAACCAGGACAGUCACAUAAACAGGAGAUGCUUUCAGAAUCUGUUGGAACAGAAGAAUGGAAUGUCUUCCCAGGCUGGACACCAAAAUAGUCAGGAAAAUGUAUUUACUGCCCUCAAGUCUCAGUAGGAAUGUGGAUGACGGGCUUUUUUUGUAUUUCUGCUAAGUAGCUUAUUAAUGUGUGUGAGAGUUCUAUAAAUUUAGCUUUCUUUCACAUUCCUGAGUCAGUUCUCAAAAUUUAAAGAUGACAGAAAUACUAAGACUUGCAAAAACAAAUGCAUUUAAUCAUUUUAUAUUAGAAUUUAUAAUUAAGAUAAAUUAUUGUGCAGUUUGAAAAGCAUGUUGAAAAUGGUUCCUUUUUCUUGUUUAUAAUGCAUAUUCUGUGUCCCUCACAUUGCUGUGAUUAACCAGAUUAGUUACACCAGAUGCGCUUGAUUGCACUGAAAUGUUUCUUUUUCCCUAGAGCAAACAUGUUUUGAUUGUGCCUAAGGGACUGUAAGUGGAUGGGUAGCUGGCAGAAAAUUCCCAGUAAUUAAGCAAGAGUUCAGAAGCAUAAUCAGAGGAUUAUUGUCCAACUUCUGGAACCACAGUUAUUCAGAGAGACAAAACAUGUAAUUUUGCAUAGCUUCGUUUUUUUCUUCAGCCUUCAGAAUUAAGACUGACUUCUGUGGCAGAAAACCUAGAGGAAUGCAUUUAGAAAACUACUGGCAGUGUAAUGUCAGAGGUUCUACAGCUGGUGUCCAGAGAAGAGGCCAAGUGAGAGGACUUCAGGUGUAAAUGGUCAGUGGUAACAGGUUUUUAUACUGCAGUGUUCUCUUCUGUCCUGUGCCCACACCAGAAAAAUGGUGUACCCAUACACGUUCACACUGAAGUUGUGAUCAGAUGUAGCAAGAUGAGUAAAUCUGUUUGCUCUGAGGAGAAUGCUUUUUGUCACAGCUAGUCACAUACAUGGUUCUACUGGAUUUGAUCUCCCAGUCAUCUUUAGUGCCCCCUUCCUCCUCAAGCUUGUGCUGUUUUCCUAGUUUUUGUGAGCAGUUGGCUUGCUUUGGCCAUACCUACCAUCGUGUGAUUUUUCACAACACCCAGCUGCUCUGGAAAAGCAGCUAAAACCUGCUUUUGUCAUCAAAUGGAUAACAAGGUGGUAAAAAAACUAAAGGAAGCAAUUGAAAGUAAAAAAGUUAUUUCUGGGGAAGAAUUAUCUCCCAAAGGAUGCUUUCAAUGUAUAACCCUUGAAAUACUACGUUUUAUGCAUACUGUAGUACUCUGUUUGAAAGAACAGGUUUUAAUUGUUCCUUUAUUUCAGUGUCUCUGGGAUGACAUUCUUUUUGUCUCCCCCCUUACUGAUGUUAGGAUGAGGUACUUUUGAUCAAAUGGGUAUUUGGCCAAUGCCAUUAAGUAACACUUCUUUUAUACUUCUGCGAUUUGAAUGUCACGUUUCUGGAAAUUAACUUAGGGCAGAGUGAUUUUUGUCCCCUCCUGUUCUUUUCGUUCUUCUGUUCUCUCAAAAUUAUUUUGUCUUUUCUACUACAUUAAUCUAACAUUUCUUUUCCCUGCUGUGACCUGCAGCUGAUCAUCAAAAUUCAUGCAAGAUUAGGAGGUGGCAGGGAACCAUUGGUUAAUUAAGGUGGGCUCUUUUGCCAAUAAGGCAAAAUCAUGGUGUACGUUAAUCUGUAUGUAGGGUGUGAAACUUCACAGCAAUGUAGGGUGCUUUAAUUGAGUGAGCUUCCAGCUUCUAGAAUGACUGCCACAACCUCUCUAAGCCGCACUUGUAUUUCUUGCCUUGGUUGGGUUGAUAGAUGACCAUAUGCUACUCCUGUCUCUAGCUUUUGUGUGCACAGGUGAAGCUGAGCUGACUUCCUCUGUUCCUUCAAAUUCACAGCCAGGAGGAGAGCGUAUAAAAGCAACAGCGCUGGCUGCAAAAUGUAGGCUUUGCACACUCUGUUAUUUCUUCCUGGGGGUGAAAUAAUUCGCCUUUUCUUGGGAGCUUGAUGCAUGCUGCCAGGGUGGGUGGCAGUCAUAGUGGAAGAAGCCUUGCUGCCUAGGGUUUAUCCCAUGAGGUAAAAAAACUCUCUGCUUUCAGAAGUGAAUUGUGCAGUUUGUCGUGGGAAACCAGGACCAUGUCAUUUUUAUGGGGUUUUUUUUUGUUUUUUGGUUUUUUUUUUGUUUGUUUGGUUGGUUGGUUUUUUGUUUUUUUGUUUUUUGCCUGUGCAGUUUCUUUAUUGCUCAGCUCUGUCUCUGCCCACAACCUGUAGACCCUCAGCGGUGUUUCACAUGUGCACCAAGAGGCACAGAUCUGUCUUCUCCAUCCUGGUGGGAGAGCGGGCUGCUGAGUACGGCUUUUCACAUCAUGGCUCAGAGGAAACAAAUCCGUGGGGAAUUAAUGGGAUGAGCAGCCUGGUCCGCACUGGUGAAGUUUAUGUAGCACAAACUGCACAAUGAAGGAAAAAUAUAGGGAAAGCUGCGACUCCUGCACUGUAUCUGUGACACUGUAUCUGGGGAGGGGGAGGGAUGCGCAUUCGUAGCGAGAGGGGCGGCGGGAAGCUAGAAGUGUUCAAAUAUGUAUGAUAUUUUAUAUAAACAUAAUAAGCUUAGUUCCCCUUCAUAAUCUUCAGGAAUGGUACUUUAACACCAUUAAGCAAAGAAUUGUUUUAGGAUUGAAUAAAUGCAUUGUACAUAAGGCCAUACGUAAUCUUCUAAAAACGUCGCCAGACAGGAGCGAUGUGUAUUACGAUAUUAAGAAAGUCCUUAAUGCACUGUUAUCUCCUAAAUAUUUAGUAGUAAAUUAAUGCUAUUUAAUUUUUUUAAAAAUUUGUCUUGUGUAGACACUAAAAAGUAUUACACAAAAUCUGGACAGAACAUGUCCUUUUUAACAGCAAUUUAAAGAACUUUUUAUAUAUGUAAGGUAGUAACUUUUCAAAUGUUCUAGUUGUAUAUUCCCAUGUUUACUAUUUGUGGAAGUGUGCCUGUCUCUACUCAGUUAUUUUUUUUCCUAAUAAUUUCAUGCACGCAUCUUUCAUUUUUGUAGUUUCCAUUAGAAAUUACUGUGUAUGCGCCUGGUGCUGCCACAAAACUUCGCCGCUCUAGAUCUGUGGUGGCCACAUUUAGCAGUGCCCAUGCCAAUGGGCUACCAAAACCACGAAGCAAAAUACUUGUUUCUCAUUCUAGAGUUGAGAGUUUACUGCUUUUAAGUUGUCCUGAUGUCACUCUUGAAAUGACUGUUAAAACUAAGCUAUGAGUUCAUUGCAUUUAUUUUAUAUUCUUGGUUGUAAUGAAAUGGAAUUGACUUUGCUUCAGUGUGAAUUUUUUUAAUAAAAUAAUAUACAUUUGUAAUAAUAAUAAAAAGUUCCA